AUGGCAGCUCUUUCGAGGUUUCUGAGCUUCAUCGAUCAGAACGCUGGUAGGUUUAUCCAGCGCCUUGCAGAUGCUGUGUCUAUUCAGAGCAUAAGCGGCAACGGAGUUCAUCGUCAGGAUGUGUUCAAGAUGGCAUUGUGGUUGCAGGGCCAGCUGGACACUCUUGGUGUGCAGACCAAAUCCGUAGACCUUGGAAGACACGUCAUGGACGGUCAGGAUCUUCCCUUACCCCCUGCAAUCUUGGGCAGAAUUGGUGAUGAUCCCAAGAAGAAGACCGUGCUGAUCUACGGACACUACGAUGUGCAGCCGGCGGAGAAGAGUGAUGGAUGGGACACUGAGCCGUUCACUCUCGUUGUAGAUCCUGCCACAGACAGGCUCAUCGGGCGAGGUUCCACAGACGACAAAGGUCCAAUCCUUGGUUGGCUGAAUGUGUUAGAGGCACACAAAGCCCUUGGCCUUGAUCUUCCAGUAAAUUUGAAAUUUUGCUUUGAAGGAAUGGAAGAAAGCGGUAGCGAUGGAUUGGACGAACUGAUCACGUCCGAGGUGGCGAAGGGAAAGGACGGCUGGUUCUGGGGUGUAGAUUGCGUCUGCAUCUCGGACAACUACUGGCUCAAUUCGCGAACUCCUUGCAUAACAUAUGGUCUUCGUGGACUAGCCUACUUUAAGCUCACCGUUUCUGGACCUGCGCGUGAUUUGCACUCUGGUUCUUUUGGCAGAACCGUGCAUGAGCCAAUGACUGACCUUGUCUUGCUCAUGAGUAAGCUGGUGGAUACGAAUGGCAAAAUUCUGGUCCCAGGUGUUGACGAGAUGGUAUCUGUUGCUAGUCAAGAAGAGAAAGCACUAUAUGCGCAGCUUGAUUACUCUGUCGCCGAUGUCGAGAAUGCAGUGGGCGCACCAAUUGCUUUGUCUGAUGACAAAGUGGAGGUUCUUAUGGGACGUAUGCGCUACCCUUCGCUGUCUCUGCACGGCAUUGAAGGGGCUUUCUAUGGCGCGGGUGCUAAAACCGUCAUUCCUGCGAGUGUCUCGGGUAAAUUCAGUAUCCGCUUGGUGCCUCCGCAAACCCCAGAAGCUGUAGAGCCUCUAGUGUUCGCAUACAUAAAUGCAGAAUUUGCAAGGCUGAACUCGAAGAACAAGCUGAAGAUUGAAAAUCUUCACGGCGGCAAGCCCUGGGUCGCCGACCACACUCACUGGAACUAUGAAGCAGCGAAGCGCGCGACAGAGGCGGUAUACAAGCAGACACCCAACUUGACUCGUGAAGGCGGCUCUAUUCCUGUCACUCUAACCUUUGCGGAAAGUCUUGGUGUGAAUGUCCUGCUCUUGCCGAUGGGAAGAGGGGAUGACGGUGCUCACUCAACCAACGAAAAACUAGACAAGUCGAACUUCAUAGAAGGAAGCAAAUUGCUGGGCACAUAUUUGUAUGAAGUCGGCGCCGUCAACGCGUAG